AUGGAGGGUGACGGUGAGAAACCACCUUCACCGAAGCCGGAAAAUCCAGGAUCUCGUGACUCUCCUGCAUCUGGCUCAGGAAAUGAGGGCACUGGUCGUAAGUCACGCAAUUUAAAAGAAGCCACCUCUCAUUUAAAAGAGGAGGCACUACGUAGAUACAGGCUUCGUCAAGAGGCACUCAUGUCAUCAGACUCUGGGGGAGAGGGGACACCUGUUCCACUGGAAACUCGAAUGCCAAAACCGCCAGAAGGUGAAAAACCAACCAACAGAAGAAGCAGUCCAAGGCAGAGAACUGUUCACUUGAGUGAAGAACAGGAAAAGCAUAUUAGUUUUCAAAGAGAUACACAACCAGAAUUUACAACCGAGAAGAGUGAUGUCUCCCUUCCUGUGUCUAUUGAAGAGGAGAUGACACAGAAUACAGAGCGUGUGGUCGCGAAUUCUGUAGAUCUACAAGAAUGGGAAAGUGCAGGUAAUACCCCUUUGAUGGAGUUAGAGGGCAGUCUGAGUGAGGAGAAGGUAUCCCACACUCGAGUUGUCACUUCUACAGUGAUGGAUCUCGACACCAUUAGUAGCCAAAUUAUCACCACGAAAGCAGACGUAGACUCAAUCGAAAGUCAAAUUAUCACUAGUGAUGAGAUUUCUGGACUGGCCGAGAGAGAGAUCCAACAUAUGGUGGCAAUGAUGGAGAAGAGCCACGAAGAUGGAUCCAAUAAAAAGGUUAUUAUUACUACUAAAGAAGUUGUUGUUGAUACUGAUCAAGAUGAAAACAGCCAGAAAAUUGAGGAGAGCAAGAUUCAUCAGAGUUUGGGUGUGGUUCAGAUGACAGCACAGGAAAUGUCACGUGAACCAACCUUAGCUGAGGACAUGUUAAAGGAAAAUAUUGAUCCAGUCAAAUCAUCUAAAAAUGAAACAACAUCAUCACAGUUUUCUCCUGAAGGAACAAUGGUUGAGGAGGAGAUUGUACCGACUCACACAGGAACACAAGACACUGUCCUACAGACAGGACAGUCGGGAGAAGCUACUGGUGGAGAACAAGUAACAGAACCACCUCUGGUUGAGGAAAAGGCCCCAGAACAGGAGGCAGACAAAGCCCCAGAACAGGAGGCAGACAAAGUCCCAGAACAGGAGGCAGAAAAGGCCCCGGAACAGGAAGGAGAAAAGGCCCCGGAACAGGAGGCAGAAAAAGCCCCGGAACAGGAGGCAGAAAAGGCCCCGGAACAGGAGGCAGAAAAGGCCCCGGAACAGGAAGGAGAAAAGGCCCCGGAACAGGAGGCAGAAAAGGCCCCAGAACAGGAAGCAGAAAAGGCCCCGGAACAGGAAGGAGAAAAGGCCCCGGAACAGGAAGCAGAAAAGGCCCCGGAACAGGAAGGAGAAAAGGCCCCGGAACAGGAAGCAGAAAAGGCCCCUGAAGAGGAAGCAGAAAAAACUCCAGAACAAGAAGGGGAGACAUCUAAGCAAACAACAGGUGAAGAAAUACUUGAAGAAAAUACGAAAGUAGAUGAAAAGCCAUCAGAAGGAGAAAAUGCCCCUGAACAAAGUCAGGAAGGGGAUAAGGCCCCUGAACAAGCACAGGAAGGAGAAAAGGCCCCUGAACAGACAGAGGAGGUGGACAAGGCUCCUGAACAAGCACAGGAAGGAGAUAAGGCCCCUGAACAAGCACAGGAAGGAGAAAAGGCCCCUGAACAGGCACAGGAAGCUGAAAAGACCCCAGAAGAUGGAAGUGGCGAUAAACCUGUUGAGGGAGAGAAAGUUACAGAACAAACAGAGAAGACUGAGCAAGAAGAGUCAGUAGCAAUUGAUAAGCCAGGAGAUGAAACUAGCAAUGCUACAAAAAGUGAUGGCCAAGAACAAAGCCAGGUUGAGGAAAAAGAAGAAGCAGGAGAAAAGAAAGAAGAUAAGGUGGAAAAAGAGACUGGUAUCCCUGCCGACUUCUUUUAUGAACUGGACAAUCUGACAUCUAAGCCUGUGAUUACAGAAAACUCGGGUCUACCAGAGGACAUGCUGUCACUCCAGUAUUCAUUUGGUUAUGACUGUACUAAGAGAGCUAACCUUCACUUACUUGAUGAAAAAACAGUGAUAUUUGCGGCAGGAAAUCUUGUCCAGUUAGUUGAUCUUCAAACACGUGAACACACAUAUCUGCGUAGUACCAGUGGUGGAGGUAUAGGGGCCUUAACGGUUCAUCCCAGCAGGAAAUACUUUGCCGUUGCUGAGAAAGGUCAGUCCCCAAACAUCAACAUAUUCGAGUACCCCUCUCUGAAGUUGUACCGGAUCCUGAGGGGAGGAACAGAAAGAUCAUAUUCUUACAUUGAUUUCAGUUCUGACGGUGAGUUGUUAGCAUCACAGGGAGGUAACCCAGAUUUCAUGUUAACUGUUUGGCGAUGGCAAGAGGAGAUGACAGUCCUAAGGUCCAAGGCUUUCUCUCAGGACGUGUUCCGUGCAACAUUCUCCACAGAGUUAGAAGGUCAACUGACCACUGCUGGAACAACCCAUAUAAGGUUUUGGAAAAUGGCAGACACUUUCACUGGUUUGAAACUUCAAGGAGCUCUUGGUAAAUUUGGCAAGACAGAAAUCUCUGAUAUUGAAGGCUAUGUGGAGCUUCCUGAUGGAAAAGUGUUGUCAGGUUGUGAGUGGGGAAAUAUGUUAUUGUGGGAAGGAGGUCUCAUCAAGGUGGAGAUUUCAUGUAAGGGGAAAAAACCCUGUCACAUCGGAAACAUCAUGCAGAUCUUGUUGGAUGAGGGAGAACUGAUGACUGUAGGAGAGGAUGGUUUUAUUAAGGUGUGGGACUUUGAGAGCGUAGAUACCGCUGAUACCACGGAUGAUACUGGAAUGUUUGAGAUGGAACCAAUGAAUGAACUCAGAGUCGGUGAUGGAGUCAGAUUACAAUCUAUUUGUAAAUCAUUUGAUGCGGAGACAGAGCUGACCUUCUGGUUUGCCCAGGAUGCUAAUGGAGGUAUCUGGAAACUUGACCUGUCCUUCUCUCACACCUCAUUGGCCCCGGAGAAGAUGUUUACCUACCACGCCGGAGCCAUUCUUGGAUGUGAUACAUCUCCUGUCAGUCACGUUGUCGCCACCACAGGCGAAGACCGUACAGUUAGGGUGUUUGACUACCUACAACAGAAACAACUUUGUGAGAUGAAAUUCUCCUCUGGAGGGUCCUCUCUACUCUGGGCCCCACAAGUGGUUGAUCCUAAAGGAGCUACAGUGCUGGCUGGAUUUAUGGAUGGCGUGGUCAGAGUUUUCAAUAUCAGCCAGCUGACAGAUGAUUCUACAAAGAAACAUAAGAAUGACUGUGAUAUGAUCCUACAGCAGGCGUUCAAACCUCACUCCUCUGUCGUCAACUCCAUGGCUAUUAACAAGGCAGGAGACAUCCUCGCCACAGGGGGUGAAGAUGGUACACUUUUCUUCCUGACGGUAGGAACAACAUACAACCCCAUUGGUUUUGUUGUUAUGCCAUCUGCAGUUAAAAAAGUCCAGUGGUCACCAGAAACUAAGGAGGUGAGUAAGGAGAAGCUUCUCGUGUUCUGUGACAAGGGUACUGUUGUUGAGAUCGAGAGUCCAGAUGGUGCCAACUUUGACACAUCGCACACCUUUAAAAUAACGGGGCUUCAAACUCGCGAGUUCCAUUUCAAGAGUGUCAAGUCCACACUCCGACAUGAAGAAGAGAUGGAACGAAAGAGAAAGGAGGAAGAAGAAAGAAAGAAAAAGGAAGCUGAAGAAAGAAGAAAAAGGAUAGAGAGAGGAUUGGAAACUGAAUCUGAGCAAGGAGAUGAAGAAGAGGAAGAAAAGGAACCGGAAGAAGACUGGACACCAUACAUCCCAUCAGAACCAAGCCCUAUCCUGGAGGGAUUCUACACAGAGGAUGGAAACUUCUGGCUCUCCAUGGGUGAUUUUGAUGCUGGUUACCUGUAUAAGUGUAAGUUUUUAAGUCCUGAGGAGAAGUCCGGUCUGCCUGCUGAAUUAGUGGACCAGCCCGUACAGUCUAUUCCAGUGGUAGAUUCCCAGGACGUACCUAUUAACAUCAUCAAGUUCAGUUCUAAUGGACGCCAGGUGUUAAUGGGUAUGAGUGAUGGUGCUGUCAGGAUCUAUAACCUGGAGACACCAUACGAUAUAACAACAAUGGGGCCAUACUGGACAUUGACCAUGCACGACAACAACUACGGACAUAUUACAGGGCUGAAGAGCAGCUACGAUAGCACCAUGCUGUUGUCUGUGGGUGGAGAUAGUAACUUCUUCCUCUACAAAUACAUGGGACAAGAAGAAAUUGAUCAGAAAACAGAGGAAAAUAAAGCCAAGCUCCCCUCUGCCAAGAAACGUGGCGAUGAGAUUAUCGAUGAUAUUGAUGACCCGAACGCCUACAGUAUUGAGGAUGCUAAACAGAAGGCGGAGCAUGAUAAGAUGAUGAAACAAGCAGAGGAGAAGAAGCGUGAUGUUAAACAGAGAAUUGCUCACCUCCGACGACAGUUCAAGACUCUGUUAGAGCAGAACGAGAACCUACCUCAACAUCUACAGCUUAGGAAGGAUGAAUUUGAGAUGGAUAGAGAAAUAAAAUUGGAACUCCAGAGACAGAAGGCAGAGAGGAUCCAGGUUGUAAGAAAGGAGAAUGCCUGGGAAUCAGAGAAACAUCGAAUAGCUUUAGAAAAAAUUCGCAAGAGGUUUAAGGAUGUUGUGGAGUGUGAGCGUAUAGUGGUAAGAGCAUUUAACACACCACAUGAAAUAGCAAGUUUCCGUGCUGCCAAACUGUCUGAUGACUUUUACACACUGAAGGCCGAGUUUGAACGACGUAGGACACAGACCAUGAUGAGGGAUGACCUCACUCGAGAUCCCACCCGUGACCUCAUGACAGGUCAGACACGUCACACAGAACUCGGCGGUGAUGGAGAGAAGAGAGAUGAUCAAUCAGGCCUUAAGGUUACAACGACCUUGAAAGGAAGCAUGGGUGAACGCAUAUCUAAAGCUCUUCAGAAAGUGGAGGAGAAAAAGAAGAAACGAGCUGCCAGGAAAGCACAGUGGUCUGACCUGUACAACACCAAGCCUGACGAUGAUUACGAGGAUCCCGCAGAUGUUGCAGCCAUUAAGGAGGCCAAAGAUAAUAUGGGUGACUACAAGCUGAAAACUGCUCAGGACUAUGUUGUCCCUGACCAUCUUAGGAUGAACGUAGAGAAAGCACGGGGCCGUCUCCUUGUUCUGAAGGACAUUAUCCAUGACCAAAAGUAUCACUUUAAUCUUCAACUGUUGAGUCUGCGUGACAAGAAAUUACACGUGAUUGAGGAGAUCAGGGAAUUGAUACAGCAACUGGAGGAUAUACAGACACAUUUGGUGCCAGAAAAAUGUAAACCUAUCCCCCCAGUCCCUCGCAUGUACCCAGUAGAGAUGCCAGAAAAAAAACUGGAGUACACCAGGGAGACAUUACUGGCCUUUAAAAAGGAGAAAGAAGAAGCUACUGCGGCCCAAAAAGGAGGAGGAGGCGGAUUUGGUGGGUUCGGCGGAGGUUCGGACGAUAAAAAGGGUGGACGACCAUCUCCACUUCCUACUCAGAAACAUGGUACCUCUACCAGUGACAUGAGCAAGUCUAGUGGAGAAGUCACAGAUGGUGAACAGGAGUUAACUCCCCUGGAACAACAAAUGAAAGUUGCAGAGGAAAUCAUGAUGCUGUACAACCAGGAUCACUUAUUGAAGAAGAUUGACGAGCUCCUGAGGGACUUUGAUGCUGAGCUUCGACUUCUCCGUCACGACAAAUUCAAGCUUGAUAUUGUGAUGAAGAAUGCUGAUCUAAGACAAGUGACCUUGUUUGAGGAGUUUGUGUUGCUGAAGGAAUUUGAGAAGAGAGAAGACGUUUUGGCGGCUAAGGUCACUUCUAAACAACAGGAGAAACUUGAAAUGCACAAUAAGAUUAUUGAAGUCCAAGGCAAGUUGGAGAUAAAGAAGAAGGAGAUUGAGAAACUCCUAGAGAGGGAACGCUCUCUCAACGUCACUUUCCAAGGUUCUCUUGGCGACAACAACAAGUUUGCGGACUAUCUCACCAAAGUCUUCAAGAAAAAAAUCAAGCGUGCUAAAAAGAAGACAACAGAUGAAGGAUCUGACGAAGACAGUGAUGAGGACUCAAGCGAUGAUGAUGAUUGGGAUGAGGAUGAAGAUGAGGAUGAUGAGGAUGCAUUAGGGUAUGACCUUGACAUUUGUCCAUCUGGCUGUGACCAAAAUAUCUAUGACAACACAUGUCAGCUGCGUGAGAAACGUUUAGAUAUUGAGGAAGCACUGGCCGAGGAGAAGAAAAACAAUGAAUCCCUGAAGAAAGAACUGGACAGUUUUAACAAGAAGGCCAAGGUCAUUGAUGCGGGACUAAAAACUGCAGCCAAUGACCUUGAGGCAUUCCAGUUGGAGAAGCAACAGAAGCUGAACGAGCUAGAUGUGAUUGUGACACUAAAACUUCACCAAAUCCAAUACAUGUUAAACGGCCAGCUCCCUCAGGACCUCUCACAGACCCUUGUGUUCGAGUCCAAUGGUGUCGUACGACUUCAGCAACGUAUCAAGGAGCUGGAGCAUGAAAAGCACGCACAGAAGAAACAUAUGAGAGAGUCGAAGCGAAAACAUGUACAGCUGAUCAAGGACAGGAAAGUGUUUGACAGUAAAAUAUCAGAGAUGGAGUCAGAAUGUGAUAAGUUGAUGGUGGACAAAUUUGGUUGUAUCGUGGACCUGGAGAAACUGGAGACAAUCACAGUGAACCGUCAGAUAGAAGAACUGAAGGAGAAGUUACGAAUCACAGAGAUACAAUGUUCGGAGGAAAUUGAGGAAUGGAAUGAAAAGAUUGCAGAAAGGAAAGACAGAAUCACCCAUCUGAUUCGAGAUAACACCCGCAGAUUAGAUCAACUUUGUGUUUUACUUAACGAUAAAAAAGAAUACGAGUCGUCACUAGAUACGAGACAGGAGAGUUCCGGUGAAGAGUAUAGUGGUGCACGGAAAGCAGACAUUCGUGAGAAACAACGUCUGAUUCAACUUGUCCAGUUACAGGCCCAGGAAAUUGAUGCUCUCAAGGAGGAGAUAAUGUUACUAUCUAGAAAAGGCGGUCACAUUCUUCCUCCAGCUCAACCUCCUCUACCACAAAGUCCUCAGAAUGUGCGGGCCAUCAGUAACUGA